AUGACGCAAUGGCACGACCGAGGCUACACCCUUCCGCCCUUCCACUUGCUCCCGUUGCCGCAGCUCGAGGUCGAACCACUCAGCCCCGAAGACAUGUUUCGCACGCCGGCCGUCAAUGGCAUCUUCGAAGACCCCGAGGACCGUUCGCUGCUGCGUCUGCUGCCGCAUUCGAUCCACAAAUUCGUGUGCGAGCUCAACCGAGCCGCGCUCGACCAGCGCGGCUUCGAGUGCGACAAGGCCCUGCCGCUGCGCGCCGUGCUCGACAUCGUGCUGCCGCCGCGCCGGGUCUAUCUCGACCUCGGCACCAAGAAAUUCGACUCGAGUGUGGGCUGGUUCCAGCGCGAGUACCCGGUCGAGUUCAGCCAGAUCUACUCCUGGGAGAUGGUACCCGAUUUGUUCGUGAAGCCGAGCGUCAACUUCGCUGCAGCGGAGAUGAACCUGACCUUGGGCGAGGCCGAGCGCUGGCUCAACAGCAUCACCCACUUCACAGCCAAGGUCACGGCCCAGGCCGAUCAGUCGGAGUCGGACGUCGUGCACUUCCUGCAGACCCACGUGCGACCUGAGGACUUCGUGGUGAUGAAGAUGGACAUCGAGGGCGAGGAGUGGAACAUCAUCCCGCGGCUCGAGGCCACCGGUGCCAUGCACCUGAUCGACGAGUUCUUUGUCGAGGUCCACUUCCACCACCCGAUGAUGCAGCCCCACAGCUGGGGCAAGUUCAGCCACACUCUCGAGGAAACCACGGAGAUGGUGCAGCGCCUCCGGAGCCGAGAGGAUCUCUUCUUCCACUACUGGCCCUGA